AUGUCGGAUGCUACCACAGGCAUCAACCAGGCUUACUUCAAUAAGCUCGCUCCGGACUAUGACGAAAUAUUUCAAAAGACCGUUGGCCAGCUACACGAGGAGCUGCAACAGCGGUCCGACUUUCUAGGAGUAAAACCCGGCGGUCGACUUCUCGACUAUGCCUGCGGCACAGGGCUUGCUCUAGGGGCUGGCCUGAGCCAGUGCGUGGGCAUUGACAUUGCCGAAUCCAUGGUCGAGCGGUACAACGCCAACGCCAAAGCCAAUGGCCUGGCAGUGGACAAGCGCGCCGCAUACCUCGGCAACCUUUUGUCUCCGGACGACCCGUCGCCCGCGGCUUUCGCAUCCCCAAACUUCUUCGACUUUGACCUCGCGGGCGUCGGCCUGGGUUUCCACCACAUUGACGACUGUGUGCUGGCGGCGAAAAGAUUGUCAGAGCGCCUGAAGCCGGGAGGCAGCCUCUUCAUCGUCGACUUUGUAAGCCAUGCGCCGCUCGACCACGGCGCCACAUCCUUGGGUAUCCGUCACCACGGGUUUUCCGAGGACCAGAUCCGGGCGAUAUUCGAUGAAGCCGGCGUGGGAAACAACUUCAAGUUUGAGACCAUGGAUGAGGACAUUUCCUUUGACCAUGCGCAUGGAGGGAACCACAUGGUGCGAAGGGUCUUUUUCGCACGAGGCGACAAGACGGCCUCGACGACUGCUCACAUCUGA